GGUAUCCACCUCUCUCUACCACAGUGCCCUGUACAGACGGCCAUUUGCAAAAAAAAGCGGUCACCAGGUAAAAUCCAAGAUGGAGGCGAUCGUAGAGGAAAUCGUAACCGUGGAGGAUCUGAAAAGAUUUGAGCAGAUCUACAAUAGCGAGUUGGCCAGGGGCAAGGUGAGCGGCCGGGCCAAGUUCAACUACGCCUGGUGCCUCAUCCGGAGCAGGUACACCAAUGACCUGAGGAGGGGGGUCUGCCUGCUGGAGGAGCUCCUGAACGAGAGCAGCCUGCAGGUGCAGCGCGACUGCCUCUUCUACCUGGGCGUCGGCUAUUACAAGUUGAAGGACUAUACAAGAGCUCUGAAGUACGUCCACGGGAUUCAGCAGAUUGAGCCCAACAACACGCAAGCCAGAGACUUGGAGCAACUCAUCAAAAAGAAGAUGAAUAGAGAUGGCUUAAUGGGAAUGGCGAUUGUGGGCGGUGCGGUACUCGCGGUGGGCGGACUUGUGGGUGCAGGAAUAGCCCUCUCCAAAAAGUAAAACUUGUGGAGUACGUGUAAAAGAAUGGGUGUGCAGCAACCAAGUGAGUAUUCUGCACCUGUAAAAUAAAAAAGAGAGAGGGCGCUAUUUACAGCAGCUGAGUGCGGGUGGUUUUCCAACCCCAAAUCAGAUUGGACUACGUGAAGUACAGGAUGCUACUUCUGGAAGAUGAUGUACUUUAGAGGGCGCUGUUGAUUUUUUGUGGAUGUGGAAACUGCUUGGACUCAGGAGGGUGCCAUUUAACAGGGCCAUCCUUCGUAUGCCAACCCACACCAAUAUGAAAUGGAAAUCGGGACUGAUGUCAGUGCUUAUGCAAGGAGAGUGCAAUUUUGAACGUCAGCGGACGCUGUUUUUGCCGUACAAGUCUACUAUUUUAGUGAAAUCUGGAAACAAGUUUGAAACAGUGCCAGCUAACUGGCCACAUGUGUCAGACAGCUGCAGGAGAUACUAUUUUCGACUUUGCGUGGUGGAUUAUCGCUUUGCUGCAUCUCCACAGAGGAAUUUCCAAGGAGCUCGUAGACAGGGCUAUCAGUUCCGUCAUUGGCCAGCAACUCCCAGGUUCUUCCAAACUCUCCGGGAUGUUCUGAAAGUUUUUGAAAGAGCAGGAGCGAGCAAGGUGGAUUAAAAAGACGAAAGUAGAAGAAGCGGCAGCAGAGAUUUGAAAGAGAGGGAAGAACUUGGCAAAAUGCCAAAGAACAAUGUCCGCGGAACAACACUAACGAGCAGAAUUGUUCAGACAACUCAAGAAAGCAAA